AUGAGCUCGCGCUCCUUUUCCCUCCCUCUCUCCCUCUCUCUGUCUCUCUGCUGUCUCUCUCUCUGUCUCUCUGCUGUCUCUCUGCUGUCCCUCUGUCUCUCUGCUGUCCCUCUGUCUCUCUGCUGUCCCUCUGUCUGUCUGUCUGUCUGUCUCUCUCUCUCUCUCUCUCUCUGUGUGUCUGUCUGCUCUGCUGCUCUGCUGCUCUUCCGUUCCCACCUGCCCGAUCGCAUUUCGUCAGCCGAUCGAGUUGUCAACGCACGCAACCACCACUUCAUCAGUCCCAAAGGCAGCCGAUUGGUUAUCUUUUUUUUUUCCCACUCCCGGAUUGCCACCAGCAGAGCUCCAGUGUCAAGCGAACAUGGGACCAUAAGCGCCCUGGGUUCUGGCCAUUCCUGCCAUCCCGCCCACAUCAUGACCGACUUUGCAACCUUUGAAGACCUGGACCACUGGGUUGACACCCUCCAGGUCGCCACAAACGCUAAAACCCUCCUUGAGACGGCCCUUCUUGUCAAGACGACUUGCGAUGCAAUUCGAAGACCCGAAGAGGCCCGUUCGUCCUACCUCGUCAACCUGCUCCACAGAUAUGGCCCCGCAGUGCUCGACAACCUGUUCCUAGCUGACCACGUACUUGAAGAAGUGCAAGACGGAACCAAUGGCAGUGUUCGCCUCGAUCCCGUGCCCACCAACUUGGCUCAGGCCCUAGCAGCUGCCACUGGUGUCAACGUUGAUGCCAUCACCAUUCACCAACCCAGCCUCAACCAAACCUCUUCCCUCGGCUCGAUCCUCGUUUCCAUCAUAUGCAUGCUCAGUGCCGUUAAACAUGAUGACGAGCUCGUUCGCAGCUUGUGCACUCAAGUCCUCAGCAAUUUUACUGCCACCCUUCAGGCAACCUGCCUGCUUGCAGCUCAUAGUUUAGAUGCCCCACGGAUCGGCGAUGCUUGCGUACUGUGGAGCUUUUUAAUUGUUUACAUUGGCCCGGAAGUAUGCCACGAUGCCUUCACUGGCUUGCCUCAUUUGUUGAAAUACCUUGCAUCCUUUGCGGAAGACAAGGAGCGCCGCCUAUUGAGCGUCUUGUUGCUUGCGCAACUGGCCACGCCUAUGGCCAAUGAGGACGAGGUUGUUCUGGCAAGUGAUUUGUUGUUGGGGUUUAGCACGCAGGUCGUGGGCGUUGUGUCCGCCGCGAUCGAACGCACAACCUUUUUGUCGCGCGUUUGGGGUCACCGGAGUGUUGUGCUGGCUCUCAGUCACGUGGCUCAUCUCGAGCCUUGGAAACGAACGCUGAAGAAAAUGCAUCCCAACUUGCUGCAACUUUUGAUCACAGAAAUGAAGGCCACCGACUAUGACGCCUUGGAAUCUCAAUUUUCCCGCGAAUCCUCUCUUCGCGCGCUGUGUCGCUGUCUGACCCAAGUGCCCCUGGAAACAACCCUCAGCCUGCAGAAGUUGCACCGCUGCGUCAGCUGUCGUCUCUUUCGAGACUGGUCGCCUUUGACCCGAGAGGCCCUUGCCACCAUGUUGCUGUGCAAUCCCGAGCCCCGGAAAGAAAAGCAGAUCAAACCCCUGAUUCAACAGGAGUAG